UUAAGUAAAAGUUCUAGUUUCACAUCGGACGAGAAUUGUGGUGUACCUAUCAGGAAGUGACGCUUACAUCUACUGUCUUAGAAACAAAUUUUGGAUUCCUUCUGAUUUAUUUUAUAUUGAGAUUAAAAACAAAACAAAAUGUCGUCUGAUUUUGAGACAUACGAGCAGGAUUUCGGGACCCUGACAGCUGAAAUAACGAGCAGGAUUGGAAAGAUUCCUAAAUUGGGCGGAGACGAGAAAAAGAACAUGGUUGUAAAUGUUGAGAAGCAACUAGAAGAAGCCAGAGAGCUACUGGAGCAGAUGGACCUUGAGGUGCGGGAGAUCCCAGUCCAGAGUCGAGGCAUGCACAGCACCAGGCUUAAGAGCUACAAACAGGAGCUGGAGAAACUUGAGAAGGAUUUUAAAAGGUCACGCAUCGCCUACAGUGACGAGGUGCGGGACGAGCUCCUGGGGGAUGAUGGGAAUUCAUCAGCGAGUCAGUUGAUAAAGUUACGUGACGAGAGAGCACAUCUGUUGGAUAACGCUGAAAAGCUGGAAAGGUCAUCCCGAAGACUGGAAGCUGGCUACCAGAUAGCUGUGGAAACUGAGCAAGUUGGCCAGGAAAUUUUAGAAAAUCUGCACCACGACCGAGAGAAAAUACAGCGAUCCAGAGACAGGCUUCGUGAAACAGAUGCCAAUCUGGGAAAGAGUUCCAGGAUCCUCACAGGAAUGUUGCGAAGGUAAGAACAAGGAUCAUCCAGAAUCGGAUCUUGAUGUUUAUUCUGGGUGUUAUCAUCCUUUUCACCGUUGUGCUGGCUAUUUAUUUUUCUGUCAGAGGUCUCUGAUUCUUCUCAACCCCCGUGUGAUUAAUAGCGACAAAGCAUUCGUUCAGAGUAAUUAGGACAGAUUGGUCACAUGAAUCAUUUUCUUGCACUGACAGACCUCUCCUCCCAAGCACACAUUGACUCAGGUGCAGGCAGUGAAUGCAAUGUUUUGGGGGGGGUAAUUCUUUGCAUGGAAUCUUCUUUUCUUCUCUGUAGAAAUCUGGUAGGUGUUUUUGAAGGUGCAGGUAUGCGGUGAUGUGUUAUCAUUGAACUCGUUUUUUUUGUGUGUGUUUUGUAUUUUGCAUGCAUUUAAAUAAAAAAAAUAAAAUUGUUUGUUUUUUUGUGUGUAGUUUUAGGAUGUCACUAUUAACAGCAGCCACUUAUAGACAGAUUAUGCUACUUUCCCAAGUCUAAAAAAGUGUUUCACCCAACUUGACUUCAGUUCUUAAAAUUAGGAAUAAAUGUUAAAUAGUAUUGCAUUCCAAUUAAUUGCGGUCAGAAAAUGCUGUAGAUAAAUUACAGCCACAGUAUAAAUUCUAUUCAUGAACGUUAACAUGCCAGUAAAUUCAUUGCCCAGUGUGUCCAUUUAUUCACAACCUGAUUGAAGCUGCCUCUAAGAAUAUGCACACUGUGGCUAAUACAAUUCUGUGUGUAACUUAAUGUGACAAAAAACAUCAAUCUUGGGAGAGGCCUUUCUGCAUGUUCACUUUGAAAACAAUCAGGACUAGCACACCAGAAACAUCAGGACUAAAACUAAAGUACUAAAAGUGGCUUCUAUUAAUGAAUACAGUGCCUGGAUUUCCCCAGGUAUGUUUUGUAAUUAGGCCUGAAAUGCAAACACUUACUACCAUUUCAUUAUUGUAUUUGUGUAUAGUGAACAGUAAUGUUUGUCAUGUUACAAACAACAGACCACUAUAAAGUGUAGUAUUUUGUGCAGUAUCAGUAAUUGAUAUUAAAUAAAUUGUAAAAACAGAAAGACACGCAUCCAAUCCAAACAUUGUAAUAAUUUUUAACGCUGUUUAAACUCUGUUUACAUAGUGUCUUUGGAAAAGAAUUUGAACUGUGAAAGUGGUCGAUUUGAUGGUAACUGGACCAAAUAAAAAUGUACGUUUGUGUAGGGAGGAGUCAUUAUUAAAAUAUGUUUUAUAGUUAAUAUUCCAAUAAGUACCCCCAAGUGAUUCAAUAUUUAUGUCAUUUACAUCAUUGCUUGCCACAGAUUGCGUACUCUGUGUAAACACUGCGUAAAUAAGUCUGUACAGAUGUAACAGCUUGUAUGUAAAUGGAUACUGUUUGUAUUAUGUUUAUGCUGAACAUUUUAAUUUUUUUUUUUAUGUUCAUGAAGAUAAAGCCGAUCUAGACGCUGAAUAAAAAUAACAAAUGUAAUAAAUUAUGAAAUCUUACAGCUCAAUAAAAAGUUACUAACAUUUUAAACUCAAA